AUGCGGCCCAAGAAGAAACUCAAAGCCUUCCAUUGGGACAAAGUUGAUACGCCUCAAGUCACUGUCUGGGCAGAAAACGUGAAUGCCGAGUCCAGAGAAGAGAAGUACCGCGAACUGCAACGCAAGGGUGUUCUUGAUGAGGUUGAGAAGCUAUUCAUUGCCAAGGAGAUCAAGAUCAUUGGUGGAGCAGCCAGCAAGGGCAAGAACGACAAGAAGCAGAUCAUCAGCAGUGACAUGAUGAGGAAUUUCCAUGUCUCCAUGGCCAAGUUCAAAAACGAUUCCGCUGACGAGGUAGUGAGGAAGAUCAUUCACUGCGACAAGGAGGUCCUAGACAACAAUGUGGUUAUGGAUUUCCUGCAAAGAGAAGACCUUUGCACGAUUCCCGAAAACAUCGCCAAGCUCAUGGCGCCCUAUAGCAAAGACUGGACCGGCCCUGAUGCUUUGACUUCGAAGCGUGAGCAAGACCCGUCCGAGUUGACUAGAGAAGACCAGAUCUACCUACAGACGGCUUACGAAUUGCAUCAUUACUGGAAGGCGAGAAUGCGAGCUCUCGCUCUGACACGCAGUUAUGAGCAAGAGUACGAUGACAUUUCCAACAAGCUGAAGGAUGUUGUCAAUGUGUCGGAAGCAAUCCGUGACUCAACCUCUCUCAUGAGCGUCUUAGCCCUCAUUCUUGACAUCGGAAACUACAUGAACGAUUCAAACAAACAAGCUUCGGGCUUCAAACUCAGCUCUCUUGCACGACUGGGCAUGGUUAAGGAUGACAAAAAUGAAACCACAUUCGCCGACCUUAUUGAACGUAUCGUCCGCAAUCAGUAUUCUCAAUGGGAGGGGUUUGUGGAGGACAUCGCUGGCGUUAUCCCUGCCGCAAAACUCAAUGUUGACCAAUUGCGGCAAGACGCAAAGAAGUACAUUGACAACAUCAAGAACGUCCAGUCUUCACUCGAUGCCGGCAACUUGAGCGAUCCUAAGAAGUUUCAUCCUCAAGAUCGUGUUGCGCAAGUCGUACAAAGGUCUAUGAAAGAUGCAAGGCGAAAGGCAGAGCAACUCCAGCUCUUCCUGGACGAGGCGUCAAGAACAUAUGACGACAUCAUGACCUAUUUUGGCGAAGACAAUCAGGACGAAAACGCUCGCAGAGAUUUCUUCAGCAAACUGGGUGGCUUCGUCACGGAGUGGAAGAAGUCGCGUGAGAAGAACAUGGUCAUGGAAGAGAACAAACGACGCCUCGAGGCAAGCCUGGCCCGGAAGAGGGCUCAGGCGAGUGCCAACGUGAGUGGUGCAGCAAGCGGCGCGGAAACACCAGGUAGUCCACCCGCUAAUGGCGCUAUGGAAACCCUGCUUGAGAAGCUUCGAGCUGCAGCGCCGCAGGUGAAAGAUCAACGUGAUCGAAGGAGACGGGCGAGGCUAAAGGAGAGACAUGAUCAAAGAGUCGCCAGCGGCCAGCAACUUCCCGAGCUCCAAGUGAAAGACGGGGUGGAAGAGAGUCGCGGUCUCGGUGGUCUGGGGGAGAAAGCCAACGAAGACAAUCUCAGCACAGACGGCACGAGCGGCAGAGGAGACGUCAGUGAAAGUGAAGACGUCGCCGAUCGGGCUCUGAGGGCUCUGCAGGAAAUGAGAAGUUCCGCUCCCUCCACAGGCGACGAGCUUGAUGUUCGGAGAAGGCGUGAGGGAGCGGACGAAGAACGCAAAGCUCGACGCAUGAGACGCCGAACUGCACACCAGAGCACCAGCAGUGUAGCAAAGGAAUCUAUAAUAUCACCAACCGAACCGAAGACGGAUGAAAAGGGCGGCCAGGACGGAGCCGACGAUGGCUCCUCCCCGACGGAGGACAAACGAUCAUCUGGGGGCACUUUGAGUCCCGUGGCCACACAGCCGCCACCGGCGAUAAUCGUCAGUCCGACGCCGGAUGAUGAUGAUGAUGAGGCUGAGAAAAAGAGGGAAGAGGGUUUGAUUCAGGAAUAG